UCUAUGAGUUUAAGUUUGAGUUUGAAAUGUUCCCUCAGUAAAUAGGGAAACUGUCCCCUGACAUUCAAAAUACUUUUCUCUUUAGUUCGCAAGUCAAAUGAGUUUCUAAAUAAUAUUUCUUUAAUCGAAGGGACAAACAAGUCAUGUUUCCUUUCCUUAAGGACACCUGUACAAAACCAGUUUAGCUCUAACUUGCUCUCCAGCAGCUAUGAGAGUGUGGCCGGCUCUGAGUGGCCAUCAACCACCUGCGAGUUAACUGUAUGGGAAAAAGUGAUAAGAGCGCAGAUGUUCUGAGGUUUCUGUGGAUUCCCAGUAACAUCUGAUGUGGAAGAAACUAUAAACUAUAAAGAUGGGGGCCUCUGUAGGCCUCUGGAAAAUCCAAAACACCCUAAAAACUAAGUCUCCAGCUGGAUAACAAUACGGCUAACUAGUGACCCAUUUCUCAGAUUUUAAAGAAUGUGUGAUAGAAAAACAAGAAGAAACAUUAAGAACAAUCAGACACAGGAGGGCACUGCUCCCCUAUAGGAAUGUGUCAUGGUCUUGUCCACCCUGAGUAACUGUCCUAGAGGAUUAAAGGGUUAGGUAUUGUUGGUAAUAACUUAGGCAAAAGCACUCAGGUAAACUAAUUUGUCAUAAAAAGAAAAAUGUGGGCCUUCUUGGUGCUCACUCUUGCCCUUGCUGUCGGGGCAUUAGACACUAACAACGACACAGCGGUUGAAGAAAAGCUUGACAUCGCCAGAGCUAAACUGCUGGCUCCCAGUGUGGUCGGAUGAGGCAUAAAGAAAAUGCCCGAGCUCCAUCGUUUUCUUCUGGAGCGCUCGGCUUUAUACCACAACCUGGAAUACGAUUCAUCGGAGGAGAAGAAUCCCCGUCUGAUAUUCUAUAACGAAAAGGACGAGGUUGUAAAGACUGUUCCCGUGAAGGAAAUGAAGGCAGACGAGAUCAGCAGCCUGCUGGACUCACUAGGUUUCUACAAGAGGUCCCAGAAAGGGGAAGAGGUGCCAGAGGAGUUCCAGCAUUUCCCCCUGCUCCCCCCCAGGGACGAGCUGUGAUGACACCUUGUGGCCGAACUCUGCCGCUGCACCCCGGUCACAUUAAUGACGAGUGGGGCCCCAAGGCCAAAACGAUAAGCCAGGCACCAUUCUGAGAACUCGCUGACUGGGUGCGGUGUGCAGCGUGUUAGUCAUUGCUGUGUCACUCUGUUUAUAUACUUUCAAUA